UUGUACCCGCAUUGUCGUUUCACACGUAAUGUUCGUGUCCAUUGCCAAUCUUUUUUUUUCAUGUGUUGGAAUAUUAUAAUCUGAACUGGAGAUUCUCUUCUUCUUUCCCUGUCCUAUUUUCUUUCUAAUGCUGACGGAAUGGAUACAGUACAUUUUGCUGUUGAGAUAAGAACUAACCAUAAUGUCGUAAUGGGGUUGCUUUUGGUUGUAGUCUGAUGAAAGGUUGGUUAGCGCUGUUUCAUGCGGGUUCUGCUUAUGCAAGAGUUAGGCAGUGAUGGAUGGUAGGAGACAUUCUGUUGAUAUUCCUAUUUCUAAAACUCUUGUGGCACUGAGGAGAGUAAGGUCAUUGAGGGAUCCAUCAACUAAUGGUGUCAGCAAACUCUCUCCUUUGAUUCAUGAUGGAGAUUGGGACAAUGGUUCUAGUAAUGGGGUUUCUCUAAGUUUGAGAUUUCUCAACGGUUCUCAUGCUGGUCAUUGCGACGGUAAUGACUUUUCAAGAUCAAACAGUUUAGACUUUAAGGAUCUGAGAGAGCAGGAAACUGCUGAGUUAGAAUUGAAAAUGUUGAACUAUAAGAUGAACUAUUGUGGGAUCUCUCGUCAGGAAGGGCAACGAGAUGAUGAACAUGUGUACUCUAAUCCUAAGCAGCAAGGUAUUUCUGGAGAUAAAUCGCCAAAUGAAAGCAGUUGUAGUAACCAUGAAGGUGAAAGAUUGGAUUUGGUUGCCAUUACGCCUCCAUGUAAUCAUUUGAGGGAUGGUGAGUUAUGCUAUUUAUCAACUGCAUUGAGAGUAGAUCACUCAAAGUCAGCUAGAAAAUCACUACGCAAGAAUCAAAUGAAACCAUCUGGAGUGGUGGGUGAUAUAGCAAGCCAUGUAGGAAGUCAACAGUGCCUUUCUGUUUAUGAUUCUAUCUCAGCUCGUUGUGGCUUGGAACUUGUCACUCAAGAUGUUGACGCUUUAGAUAAUCGCCAUGGAUGUGGAUUAAGGAGUUGUUGGUCAAAGUCACCAAGGUUUAGAGAAUCAAAUCAUUAUUCCGAAAUAGAAGGUCUUCCCUUGAUAUUGCAGCACGCUAAUGAAACGGAUCUCAAUGGACGUAGAAACAUUGGACACAUUAGUGGUGAAAUUAGUCCAAAUAUGGAAACUCCUAGAAGUUUAUCUGUGAAAUUCAGGCCAAAAUCUUUUGAUGAUUUGGUUGGACAAAAUGUGAUAGGUAAGUCUCUUUUGGGUGCUAUCUGUAGAGGAAGGAUAGCAUCAUUUUAUCUCUUCCAUGGUCCACGCGGCACGGGCAAGACCUCAGCCUCUAGGAUAUUUGCUGCUGCACUGAAUUGCCUAUCCUCUGUGGAGCAAAAGCCUUGUGGUCUGUGUAGAGAAUGCGUUUUGUUCUUCUCUGGAAGAAAUAAGAAUGUUAGUGAAGUAGAUUCUUUGAGAAUCAAUCGUGCAGAGAAAGUUAAAUCCCUUGUUAAGCAUGCAUGCGUUCCUCCAGUUUCUUCAAGCUUUAAAGUGUUCAUUGUUGAUGAGUGCCAGUUAUUGCAUAGGGAAACAUGGGCGUGCCUUUUGAAUAGUCUAGAGAAUGUUUCUCCUCAUGUGGUUUUUGUGAUGAUCACUCCUGAUUUGGAUAACGUUCCUCGGAGUGCAGCAUCACGGGCUCAGAGGUAUCACUUUGCAAAGAUUAAAGAUGUUGACAUUGUAAGAAGAUUAGAAACAAUAUGUGUCGAAGAAGGUCUUGAAUCUGAACAAGUUGCUUUGGACUUCAUUGCUGCUAGAUCCUGUGGUUCUCUUAGAGAUGCAGAAACUAUGCUUGAUCAACUGAGUUUGCUUGGUAAAAAGAUCACAGUAUCCUUAGUCCACGAGCUAACUGGGAUAAUUUCUGAUGAUGAAUUGCUUGAUUUGUUGGACCUAGCUUUAUCCUCUGACACUUCAAAUACAGUUAUACGAGCCCGGGAACUUGUCAGAACAAGGAUAGAUCCUUUACAACUUAUAUCACAGUUGGCAAAUCUUAUUAUGGACAUUCUGUCAGGGAAAUGUGAACUUCGUGGCUCUGAAAUAAAAACAGGAUUUUAUAAUAGAUAUACAUCGGAAGCAGACCUGCAGAAACUAAGUCAUGCAUUAAGAAUACUGUCUGAAUCAGAGAAGCAGUUGAGAAUUUCCAAGAAUCAAACAACAUGGUUCACUGCAGCUCUUCUGCAGCUGAGCUCCGUUGAAUAUUCAUCGGCUGAUGCAAAUACUACGAAGUUGUGUACACGACCUGCUUCCAUUAGAGAUGGUGAUAUCUGCAGUACAUCUCCUAAAGGUGACAGCUUGGAGCAUCUUGCCACUACAGAUCAAUGUGAUGAUAAGUCAUAUAGGUUAGAAGUGCAGGAGGACCACAAAGGAACGUUGGAUUCUAUAUGGUAUAAAGCUACUGAGAUGUGUCAAUCUAGCAGGCUCAGAACUUUUCUCAGGAAACAGGGGAAGUUGUCUUCAGUUUGUAUUAGUCAAGGCCGUGCAGUUGCGGAGCUGGAGUUCCAGCAUCGAGACUAUGUAAGUAGGGCUGAGAAGUCGUGGAAGUUGAUUGCAAGUUCUCUGCAGUUCGUAUUGGGCUGUAACCUUGAGCUCAGAAUCAAUUAUGUUCCUUCAUGUGCCUCAGAUUCUAUUUAUGCUAAAUUGAAGAGGUCAUCCAUCAAUUUCUUCGGUUGUUCUCGCAGAAUUCGUUGGAAAUCUUUAUCAUCUAAUGAACAAGGAAGUGAAUCAGACUAUGCUGAAUACACCUCUCAAAAGCCCACGAUGAAUGUUCAAACGCUAACCUGUUCCUCUGAUUAUGAACCCCGGGUGCCACCAGUCGAGGCCGGCAAUGGAAUUGGAAUGCAGGUUAUAACAGCUUUGAGAAGUAGUGAAGGAAAUUUGCUAAGCUCAGGGAAAAUGCUUUUGAAAAGGCCAGAUCAAGAGACUCCAAGAAUUUCUUGUUCGAGAGUUGAUUCUUGCACGGAAGAGGGAUGCAAUUAUGAACACAUAGCUUCAUCAACCCCUGAUUUAGAUAAUCAGUCCGACUGUUUUCCUAGAACCCGCUGGCUUCAUAAAAAGUUUGGCUCUUCUUAUGCACCACAGCAGAGAUUUUGUUUUAUCUAUGCCCAAGUUCAAUUGUUCUGAGAUUUGCAGAUAUGAUCUGGAACCCAGUGUCUUUUCUCACCGUUCUAACAACUGCACUCAAGCAGCUGCGGAGA